GAAAUACACUUUACCACCAUUUUCUCCAUAGAUGCCCUAGAUUCGUGCCCCCCAACGCUCUCUCUCUCUCUCUCUCUCUCGCUCUCGCUCUGUCGGUGUUCAGAUCUAUCCAGCUUCAACUCUAGCUCUUAAGAGCAGUUAGGGUUUCUUCAGAUCCACAGAGCUUCGGUGUUGAUGCGUUGUCUGUGAUUGUUGGAGGGGCCCGGGUGAUGUUGCGGCGUCGUUUUGCUGGCCGGAGAGGUUUUGGCGGUGGAAUGCGCGAGGGAUCUGGUUAGGUUUGUUUUGUAUCUGAAGAAUUCGAUUGUCCUUGGAGUCGAGGUCUCUGGGGCCAAUGUGGCUAAUUCUCUUCUGAAUUGGUAUAAGAGUUCAGUUUGGAGUACUGUUUUUUGUGAAGUUCUUGAUAGAAAGAAUGCAGCAAGAUCACCGGAAGAAGAAUUCUUCAGAGAUGGAUUUCUUCUCUGAAUAUGGUGAUGCCAAUAGGUAUAAAAUCCAGGAGGUUAUAGGGAAAGGCAGCUAUGGCGUUGUUUGCUCCGCUAUUGACACCUAUACUGGUGAAAAAGUGGCAAUAAAGAAAAUCCAUGAUAUUUUUGAACACAUCUCCGAUGCUGCUCGAAUACUUCGCGAGAUUAAGUUGCUCAGACUUCUGCGGCAUCCAGACAUUGUUGAAAUUAAACACAUUAUGCUUCCACCUUCAAGAAGAGAGUUCAGGGAUAUUUAUGUUGUUUUUGAGCUGAUGGAGUCAGAUCUUCACCAAGUCAUUAAAGCCAAUGAUGACCUGACCAAAGAGCAUUACCAGUUUUUCCUUUACCAGUUGCUACGUGCUUUGAAGUAUAUUCACACAGCAAAUGUUUAUCAUCGGGAUUUAAAACCAAAGAAUAUAUUGGCAAAUGCUAAUUGUAAGCUCAAAAUAUGUGAUUUUGGCUUGGCAAGAGUUGCAUUCAAUGAUACACCUACAACAGUAUUUUGGACGGAUUAUGUUGCUACAAGGUGGUAUAGGGCUCCAGAACUGUGUGGAUCAUUCUACUCAAAAUACACACCUGCAAUUGACAUAUGGAGUAUAGGCUGCAUCUUUGCUGAGGUUUUAACAGGGAAACCACUGUUUCCCGGAAAAAAUGUCGUUCACCAGCUGGAUUUGAUGACAGAUCUUCUUGGCACACCUUCAAUGGAUACCAUUUCACGGGUUCGAAAUGACAAGGCUAGGAGAUACCUUACUAGCAUGAGGAAAAAACAGCCUGUACCCUUCACACAGAAAUUUCCUAAUGCAGAUCCUUUAGCAUUACGACUAUUGGAAAGGCUACUUGCUUUCGAUCCAAAGGACAGGCCAACUGCUGAGGAGGCAUUGGCUGAUCCUUACUUCAAAGGACUAGCAAAAGUUGAUAGGGAGCCAUCUUGCCAGCCAAUUACGAAAAUGGAAUUUGAAUUUGAGAGGCGUAGAGUUACAAAGGAGGACAUGCAGGAAUUAAUUUUCUGUGAGAUACUAGAAUACCACCCUCAGUUGCUCAAGGACUACAUGAAUGGAAUAGAGAGGACUAAUUUUCUCUAUCCAAGUGUUGUUGAUCAGUUUCGGAAGCAGUUUGCUCAUCUUGAAGAAAAUGGUGGUAAAAGUGGGCCAAGUGUUGCACUUGAGAGAAAGCAUGUAUCCCUCCCAAGGUCCACUAUCGUACACGCAAGUGCAGUCCAUCUAAAAGAACAAGCAAAUGUUUCUACCUUGAAAGAUCGGCAAAUUUUGGAUCCCUUGUGGAAUAAGAAUUCUGGGGAUGAAGAUGAAUUCCCCGGAAAUCUAUCAAGAAAUUCACAGGCUCCGCAGAAGAAACCUUUGGCCAAACCAGGGAAAGUUGUGGGCCCAGUUGUACCAUUCGAGAAUGGAAAUGUUGCAAAAGAAACUAGUGACCCUAGAACGGUAAACAGAAACGUAGUCCAACAUCCCCAGUCCAUCCCUCCAGCAUUCUGUUGCAGGAGUGGCGCUCGGAAACUGGAAAGAUCUACAACUGAGACAGAAAAGGAUUUGUCUUCACAGGAAAAACAAGUUGGCAUGCCUGCUAAAUUGACCCCAGACGUGUCUAUCAGCAUUGACAACAACCCAUUUUAUAUGACACGUGUCGGGGUGACAAAGGUGGACCAAGUUGAUGACAGGAUAGCCAUUGACACAAAUUUGUUGCAGGCUAAACCCCAGUAUGCCGGAAUUACUCCUGCUGCUGCAGCAGCCGCAAGUGCAGCUGCUCAUCGAAGGCUAGGGACGUUUCAGUACGGGUUUUCCAAAAUGUAUUAGAUAGAGCAAGAUAAAAAAAAGUGGGUGUUAUCUGUUAUGGAGGACCACCUGGAGUACACCAUGUUCUGCACAGAGUAAGGUAAGCUGUUUCUCGUAAGUUUUGUACAGAAAGCUGAGUUCCCUUGUCCAAGGUACCAAUAUUCCCGGGUUAUCUUGCAGCGUAGAUGUAUUAUGCUCUAGUGAAACACCCUAACUUCAGUUAAUUUCUCUCUUUCUCUAACCCUAUCUGCCCCUCUCCAGAAAUUCUCGACGGCGAAGAAGAGACCAUAGCUGUGUUGACCUGUAAAUAUGAGACUAGCCUAGCCUGCUCCUUAAGAAUAAAGAAUCGUUCAUAUUUUCUGUGUUCUAUUGGAGGGUGGGUCCUUUUAUGGAUUGUGUUUAUAAUUAUAUAUACAUGUGCAAACAACGCAGGAUCUUUCAUCGUGACUGAGUCGGUGCUGUUGGUAAUGUUAGAUGGGAUUAAUGGUGUGUCUGGAACAGAUGUUUGGUUUUUCUUCACUUAAAUCAGGCUGCAUGGGUCGAUUCUCGGCCCUUUAAUUUC